GUAUGGCGGCGACUGAGAAAGCUAUCAUACCUGAUCCUAUCACACAAAUGUCAAACUACGAAGGUCCAGGUUUAGUCGACCUUUCAAGUCAUGGUCUCCACAAACUGGAUCCAACUUUUUCCUGUACACUGGACACCCACACCAUCAUUCUUGACCACAACCACAUCAUUAAGUUAGAGCAUCUGGAGAGAAAUACAGAACUUCGGCAGCUGUCUGUCGCCUGUAAUCGCUUAGUUCGCAUGAUGGGGGUGUCACGACUCACGGGGUUAAAAGUGUUGAACUUACCUAGCAACAGUAUUGGCUACAUAGAGGGACUGAAAGACCUGAUGCACCUUGAGUGGCUAAACCUGGCAGGGAACAACAUAAAGGUCAUAGAGCAGCUGAACAACUGUGUGGCUUUACAACAUCUGGAUCUAUCUGACAACAACAUUUCUAACACAGGGGACCUCUCAAAGCUCUUUGCCUUAAAGACACUCCUUCUCCAUGGCAACAUUAUCACAACUCUACGUGCUGUCCCUUCCCAUUUUCCUCUAAACCUCACCAUUCUCUCAUUGGCAGAGAAUGAGAUCAGAGAUCUCAAUGAGGUGUCCUACUUGGCACCUCUUCAAAACCUUGAGCAGCUGUCCAUCAUGAGCAACCCAUGUGUGAUGUCUACACCCUCCUUACCUGGGUGUGAUUAUCGCCCAUAUGUUGUGAGCUGGUGCCUUAAUCUGAAGGUGCUCGAUGGAUAUGUGGUUUCACAGAAAGAGGGACUUAAAGCAGAGUGGUUGUAUAGCCAGGGCAAGGGGCGGACCUAUCGUCCUGGGCAACAUGUACAGCUAGUACAGUACCUGGCCGUCACAUGCCCCUUGACCACUAGUCCUGCACUUCAGUCUGCCGAGGAUGCUAAGCUGGAGAGGAUCCUCAGCAAACAGAGGCAGCACCAGAGACAACUGCUCCAGGUAGGUCACUGUGACUCCCCGAGUCCUCCUCGCCCAACUUAUCUGGAUGUGGAUCAGCACUGGAUCGAUCCAACUAAAAAUGCUGUGGCCACAAGUGAAGACCUCAUUGUUAUCAGUCAGCCAGAAACUCCAAAACCAGUUGUCCAGAUGAACACCUGGGUGAGCAGUGCGUUCUCAACAACAUAUAGUUCUGUGCAAGCCAAUGGUACUGGUGAGAACAGCCUGGUUUUGGAAGACAUGCAAACAGAUGAGGAGAAGCUCCAUGGCAACCUCCUCUCCUCAGAGUCCGCCUUCCUGCCUGUGAACUCUGCUGUCCACUUGCCAUCGCCCCUUGACAGCGAAGAGGAAGAGCUUGAUGAGCCUGAUUCAUUGGCUCCGCCAAACCCUGCCCGGUCUCACACUGUGAAGGCAGACACAGAAAUAAGACAUAAUUUUCCUGUUGAUGCUGGUCCUCAGACAAAUGGAGCAGACUAUUCAACUUUGGAUAGGUGUCAGUACUCACAAACCAAUGAAAGAGUCCAUUUGAAAAUCGACAUGGACCAGAGCAGUCUUCUUAAUGGAGAGGCUGUGUUACAAAAUAGCACUGAGUUAGAUACUAAGCAGAAAAAUUCACAUGCUAAGGUGACACAAUGCAACCCAGGGGAAGCCGCUGUCAAGAUUCAGUCUUGGUGGAGGGGACAUUGGACUCGUCAGCACCACCCACAGGCCAAAGAGGUACGCUGCGAGAUUCGGCUACGCAGGAUGCAAGAUCACAUUGUCUACCUGACAGCAGAGCUGGAUAGGGUGCGGAAGCAGCAAGAAGAGGAGAAAUUGCAGAGGAUGGUACAGGAAGAAGCUGUGAAGUUCCUCUGGAAACAGCUUCAAUCCAUGCUGGAAUGGCAGUCUUCAGUGAAAGAGCAGCUUAACUGUUUGUCUCCCUCAAUCACCACUGUGAGCUCCAAAUGUGCUGGCCCCAAAGACACAGUUCUCCCUAUGCAUAGUGAGCUCUCUAUCCCAGAGUCGGGCUUUCAUUCCCCUGGUGAGCAGCAGGGGGCACUGGAGGACAGCCUGAGCAGCACGGCCACGGGAGCUGGAUCCCCUGAAACAGUGAAGUCUGCAGGAGUUGCAUGUUUGCCUGGGGCACCUGCAUACAGGGACAGUCAUGACAGCAGCUUGCUUGAGCAGUACCUCUCGUCAGUGCAGCAACAAGUGGAAGAAGAAGCUGAGGGGGAGGAAGGGGCCUCUGACAAAACGGGGACGCCACCGUGUGUGUCUGUCCCCGCUCCACAUAGAGCCUUGGAGACACCCUCCUCUCCUGAUGUGGAAACUGAAAGACAGUGCCCUCUUUUGAAGGUGGAGAUGUGAAAGGAAGGAAAAUUGCUGUAUGGGACUUUUGAAUUGUCUGGAAUAGAUAAGAUGUUAACGGCUAUAUGAAGGCUAGUGGACCCUUUAGUAUGAUUUAGGUCACAAACUUUUUAACCGGCCUUUUAUUAGCUUUCAUUCACUUUAACGUAAUGAAUUGUUUUGGAGUCAAAUAUGUCUUCAGGUUUCUGUCAGUAUGGACAUAUCUUGGUUGGAUUCAUAUAAAAUAUAAAACUAGCUGUGAGGACAAGAUUCCUCCACUUUUAUCAUGAUUUUAGUUGCUAAAAGCAAAGCUAUCUUUCCUCUCCCUAUUUUGAAAUCCCUUUUGAAUGUUAGCUCUUAAUAUAGCUGUCCUGUUAAAAUAAAGAAGUGAUGUAAGGAUAACCUUCAUUUAUAGUACUAAUGGCAAUUGAACUAAAUUUUUUGAAUAGCAUGGUCAGUUUCUUGACAACAGCAGCUACUGUUUUAUUGUCCCAAACAUAGAAGUAUACCAAUAUAUGCAUAAGAAAAUUCACAUAAAUAGCAUAACUGCAAAAGACACUGGGAUCCAUAGCAUCCUUACUACAUAAGAGCGCUGUUGCUAAUUUACUGCACUUAAAACAUUAAUUCCUCUUCAGAUCUUAGUAUCACAAAUUCCUGUUAAUGUUCAGUAUCUUAGGAUCCCAAAAGUUAUUGAUACUGAUAGAGAGGAUUAUGUUUGCGUGUAGCCUUGUUAUGAAUCAGCAACUUUUGAAUGCUAUACAUACCAAGAUGCAUUAAAUGCUUCCAAUGUAAAUAUUUGUAUAUAUUUAGUUGUUUGCUAAUGUAUAUCAACUAACAGUAUUGUGUAGUAUUUCAAAUCCGUUUUUAUUUCACAUUGGUUGUUUUAUGAAUGCAUUUUUGAGAAUAAACAUGUUGACAGA